GAGGUUACCUGAGCCCUCAGGUCAGCUGGCUAAGUUUAACGCACGCCUGCACCGAAGCGAGCAGUUUAUUACUGGGAAGCUCCUGGCUGGCUGGUCGUUCGGUUCUCUGGAAUCCAAGAGCCUCACCUGGGACAGCAAAGUGUCAGGCGGCAGCCGACUCCUGUUGAUCGAGAGCGGGGAGGCAAGCCGGAGUGACGAUUUCCCAGGGCGGGCUGCCCUCUGUGGCAUGUGACAACCCCCCUCCCCACCACGGGACACGGCAGUGGUCUGGAAGCAUUGUGGUGAGUGCCAUGCCGGUGGAGACCCUCCAAGCCAGCCACGCCAUGAAAGGCGUCCCGGCUGCUGCACCCUUCACCUCGGCCAUGCCCUUCCGAAUCCUGAACAAGGGCCCCGAGUACUUCCGGCGGCCGGCGGCCGGCGGUGCCGCCAAGAAGCCCAGCGCCGUGGAGAGGCUGGAAGCGGACAAGGCCAAGUAUGUCAAGAGCCAGCAGGUGGCCAGCACGCGGCAGGAGCCGGUGAGGGCUCUGUUGCUCAAGCAGCCCCUCUUCAGCCCGGGGGUGCGGCGGGUGAUGGUCACCCCCAGCCGGAAGACCCCGCAAGGAGGACGCCGGGCGGAGGCGCGUGGCGCCAAGACUUCCCUGAACCUGGAGAUCCUCAACAACCUGAUCAACUUCUGCGACAGCCCGCUGUCGUUCCCCAAGCCAGAGAAGAGCCCCGCAGAGCACAAGUGGGGGGCGGGGGGCCAGGGCUGGAGCCCCGGGAGCCUCCCUGACACCCCGAGGAAGAAGGGCCACCCGGCGGAAGGCAUGAGCAAACUGUCCCAAAGCUCGGCCUCCUCCAAGCCGCCCAGCACGGUUGCCGUGCGCAGGGUGGACGUCCGGCCGUGCGGGGCCCUGAGGGCGAGGGUCGUUCCCAGCAUCCAGUUGACGCCGGUCCCCUCCUCCCCUGCGCAGGCCAAGAUCCUGUCUCCUGGCCCCCUGAGCUCCCCCAGCCCCCGCGGUGAGCUGCGGACAGACAGCGCCAGGCGCCAGACCUUGCUGCACCGCUCCAAGUCGGACCUGAGCGACCGGUACUCCCGGGCGACGGCUGACCUCGAGCGCUUCUUCAACUACUGUGGCCUGGACCCAGAGGACAUGGGGGACGUGGAGGUGGAGCGCUUCACCCGGGCCAGUUCGGACAUUGUGUCCGUCAAGUUCCACAGCGUCAGCACGGCCAGCUCGGAGGGGACCCGCUCGCGCCGCAGCGCCGUCACCUUGGAGGAGAGGCAGGCCGAGCGCAUCCCUUACGGCAUCUCCAUCAUUGAGCGCAACGCCCGGGUCAUCAAGUGGCUGUAUGGACUACGGCAAGCCAGAGAGUCCCAAAAGGUAUCCAACGUAUAGUGGUACUUUGGCGGGCUCCAACAGGAAGCGAGGAAAACAAACAAACAAACUCCCCCCCCCCAUUGUUUGUUUCAGUGUGUGUUUUGGAUAUUUACUAUUGGAGGGAAAAAGUUGGCAACUGUUGCAUGGGUUUUGUGUGUGUUCCUUUUGAGAAAUGUCUGGUCUGCCUUGGGGCAGCGGGGUUGUUCUGAUGAGGCAUCCCAUAAUCUAAAUCCCUGCAGAAAAUCCACCUGGGGAAGAAGUGUAUCUGGGCUCCUUCUGAAUCUCCAAAAGUCCAAAAGGAAGAGAGUUGAUUAGAAUGUCUUUUCCAGGAGUGAGAAGCCCAGAGCAAGCAGGUUCCUAGAUUCUUGCAAAGUCCUGCAAGGGAUGCAUAAGGAUAAGAAAGGAGCCCCCUGAAUAGGUGGCCAUUGUUGCAACAGGAGGAAGCAACCCAUUGGAGGAGGGAUCAGCGAACUUCCAGGUGUUGCUGGGCUCCAUCUCCCAUCCACUUCUGGUGGGUACUGUGCUACCAAGUGCAAUUCUUAAGCCAGACAUUGCUGUUUUCAUUCCCAAGGUCUCGAUCGCACCCGUUUGUUUGCUAAGCCUUGGGAAUUUGUGCAGCACAGAGCAGACAGGGAUAAGCUUUUGCAGAAGCAACAAUGGGAUUGUUAACAAUGGAAAUCUUAACGGCUGAGAGGGCUGUAAAAAAAAAAACGGGCCUAUUGUGAGAGAGGUAGAAGAACGCAAGCUGUUUCUGCAGGCACCUAGCAAAUACCUGCUUGGGCCUGCGAGCCCAGGAAAUAGCCAAGCAACCAUUGAGUUGUGGUGGCAUUCUGCCCUGGAAGCCCCCCCCCCCCCAAAGACCCAAACUGGGCAAUCCAGUAGAGUCUGGUCCCAGGUGUCCAAAACAAAGGGGUGCCGAUACCAUCGUUGAGGAUGUAGCAACUGCUUUCGUAAACCUUUGGUAAUGUGGAGGUGUCUUCCGGGUUUGGGGGGGGGGUCUGUGUUGUUAGCCAGGAAGGUGUGUGGACCUCUCUCCCCAGGCUUUAGGGAAAAAUCCCUUGUUUCCAACAGCUUUUGCUUGGCACGUGGCGCCAAGUCUUCCAUCAAACAACCGCCGCCCGUGAUGCAACCAUCCACGUCCAUAUCCUAUUGUUUCUGAUGCUUGCCAAGCGAGAGCUCUCUGCCGGGGUGGAUAACGGGGUGGAAGAAACUGGCUGUCCUCAGCAACCAGGUUUCCCAAAAGUCCUGAGCCUAAUUUUGGCCAUACAUGUCUUCUUAAAACCCCUUCUAAAGAAAGAUAAUUGAGAAAUGCAUUGGGUGAUUAAACCGGACCAUGGACCCCUCUGAAUUGUUUGCAGAAAACAAAGGGUCCCUUUCUGUCAAGGUUCUCCUGGGAGAAGGAUUUUCUCUCCCAGUCACCAACUGAGCAAUAAAGGGACUUGGGGGGUUGUUGUUGUUAUGGAUUGAAUCUCCCCAUGUUUUGGGGAGAAUCGCUGUCCUGCGUAUUCCUUGAAGGAUGCGACUGGCUAAUGCACAGCUCUUUCGACUCCGUUCCAAUCCUCUGAACCGUUUGCAGGUGUGCUUCCACCUGCCUGCUGUUUGUGCAUCUCUUCUCCUCCGAAGGCUCAAGUUCAAAGCAGAUAAUAGCUCUCCUCUGCUUCCACCACCCCUUCGACAACUGGAUGAUGUUUUACGUGUGGUUAUCUCACCUCUUCUCCAAUAUGAAUGGGGGGCUGUGAACUUCCCUUCCUGUUAGGAAGGGGAGUCCAUCGUGGUGCUCAUCCCUUUGGCUAGAGUGGAUCUCCUGUCUAAUAAAGAAUAGUUGCUCCGUCCCCUACAGGGAGCAGGAGAAGCCUGGAGGGGAAUGGCUGAAGAUGUCCAAACAAGCAAUUCUUUUUGUCCAGGACCUGACGCCAAAGAUAGCCAUCAGUAGUGGAUUUAUACCAGGCAAACCUGCCGCAUUCCUGAUGUUCCCAGGACUACAACCCCCAUCAUUCUUCCCCAGUAGCCAUGCUGGCUGGAGCUGAUGGGAUUCGUAGUCCAACAAUACCUUGAUAGCCACAGGUCCCCUAUCUCUGGUGGAUACAGAUCUGUAACAGUCCGGCAGGAACAGAAUUUUGCCAGGAUGUUUAGCAAUGCAGCCAGCCACCUCUAGUCACCUUCCCUAACUUUGGCUAUGUUUUUUAUUGUGUGUGUGUGUGUGUGUUUGUGUAUGAGUGCAACUCCUUCUCUUUGUAUUUCGAAACUCUGACCUUGUCCCCUUUGCAACGCCUGUUUGCAUCGAAGUUGCCUAAACUUGUUAUUUAUAAUGUUUCUUUGUAUUUGUUCCUUCCAAGUCCGUAUAUUAUUUUGUGCCGGCGGUUGUGAAGUUUAGCUAGCAAGGGAAAGGGCGGG